AUGUCAGUCUCACGUGCACCUCCUGUAGAAGAAGAAGACCAGCAAAUCAUCGAAGAGCAGGAAGGCAUCGAAAUGGCACAAACCAAUGGUCAAGAAAGACGUGAAGCGUCGCAGCCAAACUCUUCAAAGUACAUCCAAAGUCUACGCGCCAAACACAAAGGCUUAUUCCGCAAGCUGGCAAACAUAAACACCGAACAGAAAGACGACAGCAUAUCUCAAGUCCAACGAGGUAUGCUGGAAGAACUGAAAGCGGUGCAGAGCCAUGUCAUGGAUUUAAUCCUCGAAGAAUUGCCAGAUGACGUAGACGAAGAUUUGGCAAAAGACGAAGCAUUCCACUCACUAUAUGCUUCUAAGGCAGCAAGGUUGGUCGUAAUCGACAAAAAGCCAUCGUCAGCUACAACACCUCCUGAAGUUGCAUCAUCAUCGGUCUCCAUUCAGCAUCAUCUCAACAUCCCAAUGCCGACUUUUGAUGGUCUAUACGAACACUGGCCAACGUUCAAGGCCAUGUUCUUAGACAUCAUGAAGCGGACUAAUGACUCGGAUGCAGUAAAACUUCACCAUCUCAACAAAGCGCUGCAAGGGAAAGCAGCUGGCAUCCUGAACACGUCCAUUCUGAAUGGCAACAACUUCCAGGCGGCUUGGGACGUCUUGGAGAGGCGUUUUGAGAAUCCUCGGCUGAUUGUCGACAAGCACAUCGCAGGAUUGCUUCAGCUGAAGCAUGCACCCCGAGAAUCUGCAAAGGACCUGCGGAAGCUAGCGGAGACGUGCAAGAGUCAUGUGGAUGGCUUAGUGUUUAUGAAGCAGACUAUCGACAGUACCAGCAACCUCAUCAUCACACAUCUUCUCAGCUCAUGUAUGGACGCUGACACAAGGAAAGCAUGGGAGAGUUCGUUGGAACAUGGAGAGUUUCCGGAUCUCUUCAAAACUCUCGAUUUCAUCAAUCGUCAAUGUGAGGUGCUCGAAAGCUGCACGCCAGAGACGUCACGGAAAUCAACAAGCACCAAAGCUUUCACCUCCACCACAGCUGCCAAUCCAUCGUGUGUUCUGUGCCAGCAGCAUCAUACUCUUCAGAACUGUCCAACCUUCAUCGCGAUGUCCGUAGUGCAGAGGAAAAGUAAAGUACAGUCAUUGAAACGCUGUUUCAAUUGCCUCAGCGCUGGACACCCGGUUUCGCAGUGCCGAUCGAAAUGGACGUGCCGUAUCUGCAAGAAACGUCAUCAUCAUCUACUUCAUGGGGAGCAGCUUCCAGCAGCACCAUCUCUUCAGCCUCCAGACGCCGCUGCAACAUCUCAUCAGCUUCCAGUCGAUGCAGCUCAACCAACAUUCAUCGGGGCAUCGAUGACUUCAUUGACGACAGCAGUGCCAUCCACAGUGCUAUUGUCAACAGUAGUGCUCAACAUCACCGAUCGUGCCGGAGUUAGCCAUCCAGCAAGAGCUCUCUUGGAUAGCGGAGCUCAAUCCAACUUCAUCACCGGCAGAUUGGCACAGUUCCUGGAAUUGCCGCGGAAGCUAAUCAAUCUUCCGCUAUCAGGUAUUGGUGGCAGUACAAGAUCGAAUGUGCGACAUUCCAUCGAAACCACCAUCCAUUCUCGAUGCUCGAGCUAUACUGCAUCAUUGGAGUUGCUUGUGCUACCGAAGCUGUCAGCAGACAUACCAACUCAACCGAUUGAUGUCAGCCAUUGGAAGAUACCUGAAACCUGCAUCUUGGCUGAUCCAUCCUUCAAUCGGCCAGGAACCAUUGACAUCAUCUUGGGAGCAACACACUUCUUCGAGAUCCUGAGGACCGGACGACUCUCCCUGAGUGACAACAUGCCAACCAUUCAGGAAACUGAAUUUGGUUGGGUAGUCAGUGGCAGUGCUACCAUCACCGAACCCAUGUCUCCAGUAAUGUGUGCGGUGGCAACACACACGAACGAGUUGGACAACCUGAUGAAGCAGUUUUUCGCCAUCGAAGACCUGAGCAACACACCGAGCUGGAGCAUCGAAGAACGAGCCUGUGAGGAUCACUACACUGCAACCACCACACGAGAAGAGGAUGGCAGGUACAUGGUUCAGCUUCCACGCAAGCCAGAAAUGAUUGGCAAGCUGGGCGAUUCAAAGACUAUCGCACUUCGACGGUUCCUAGCGAUAGAACGUCGACUUCAACGAGAACCCGACACCCAACGUGCCUAUGUGGACUUCAUGGAAGAGUACCUUCGCUUAGGCCAUAUGAGCAAGGUGGCAGCUUCUUCAAAGAACGAUGAAUCGUUUUAUCUACCACAUCAUCCGGUCUUCAAAACCGACAGCACCACGACGAAGUGUCGAGUGGUGUUUGACGCAUCGAGCAAAUCUUCAACGGGUGUGUCUUUGAACGACACACUAAUGGUCGGACCGACAAUUCAACAAGAUGCCACUUCUAUUUUGCUGCGGUUCCGAACUCAACCAGUCGCCCUUACCGCUGACGUCACCAAAAUGUACCGGCAGGUUUGGAUUCAUCCAAAGGACCGAUCACUGCAACGCAUCAUUUGGCGAAGUUCACCCAACGAUCCGAUUCAGGAGUACGAGCUCAACACGGUAACAUAUGGGACAGCAUCCGCUCCAUUCCUGGCAGUGCGUUCGUUGCAACAAAUCGUAGCGGACCAUGGAGGAGAGUUUCCAGUCGCCGCAGAACGUUCCUGUGACUUCUACGUAGAUGACUUCGUUUCCGGCGGGCAAUCAUCUGAAGCGGCGCAGAUGCUGCAGCUGCAAACUGAGCAACUCUACGCUAGUGCAGGAUUCGAGCUGCGGAAGUGGGCGUCCAGCGACCCAUCAGUACUUCAGAACGUGAACCAGGAGAAAUUAGCAUCCAGCCUUUAUGCUACCAGUGGAUCGAAGGGACUUCUCGCCACCCUCGGUUUGAUUUGGGACCCAGCAUCUGACACGUUGCAGUUUAAAAUCAACACCCCAUACGUGAUUGGGGCAAUCACCAAGAGAAAGGUGCUAUCGUGCAUCGCCAGGAUCUAUGAUCCUUUGGGCAUCGUCGAUCCCGUAAAAGCCAUGGCCAAGCAGUUCCUCCAACGCAUCUGGACCCUACAAACGGAGCAGCAACAGCCCUGGGGAUGGGAUGACGAGUUGCCACAUCAUCUACAAGGAGAAUGA